GGAAAAACAACACAGUGCGGACCUCGCUGAAUCUUUGAGCCAGGAAGCCGCUGCCUUAAAGAGUCAGGAGCUGGAGGCUAAGCUUGCGGCGGCCUUGAACAUGGUCAGCAUCCUACAAGAACAGAAUGAUUCGCUUGGGGCAUCGCUGAGCGAGAGGGAGCUGGCAGCAAAGGUCGCCGAAACGAGGAACCAGGAUCUGAGCGAGAAGGUCACAGAGCUCGCAGGCAAGCUAGCCACCGAGCAGCAGCACAAGCGCGAACUUACAGAAAGCGAUACGGCAGAGAACGCGGAGAUUCAACGGGUGCAAGAGCUGGAAGAGAAACUAGCUUCUUCAGAGCGGCGCAACCAAGACCUCGAGGGUCAGCGGAAAGAGGACAAGAGGAAAUGGGGAAAGAAUCAGCAAGGUCUACUCAAGCAGAAAAGAGAUCUCGCCCGAGAGGUUAAGACGCUCAACGAGAGCAACCAAGUCCUACGCGAUAAGAACGAAGAACUCCAGCACGAGGUUGCUGGCUGGUCUGGCGAGCGUCAGCUCUUGCAGGAGAAGAACGCUGCUCUUGCGUGUAAACUGGAAAACUGCAACCGCGAGUACGACUCGCUCGACAACAACUGGCGGAAGUUUAUCGAGGAUACCGAACAGAUACGUAAAAAGUUCGACGCGAAUGUACACAAGGAGCUCACGAGCCAGAUCGCGGCUCAGACUGCUCAGAUAGAGACUUUGGAGUAUUCACUCACUGAAGUCAUUCGAGACUUCAACGAGAAGGACAGGGAAAACGAAUUCCUCAUAGAAGGAUGCAAGCGUCUGGAGGGCACCAGGCUGAAGGACGUUGGCAAGUUUGGUUUGCACUUCUGGAGCAUUGGCGUCACCCGCAUCCGCAAGAUCAAGGACUUGCAGGAGCAGCUUACCGCUUUGAAGAACGAGCUUUCCGCUAGCCUUGCCCGGGAAGAGGAACACAAGUCGAAGAUCAUGAACUCACGAAAGCGCGAGAAGGAACUCGGCGCGGACAACACUGCACUGCGGAGUGACAACUCCGAUCUAAAGGACAAUCUACGCCAGCUCAAGACCCAGCUCCAGCGACUUCGCAAGCCUGACGCCGGGAACUUUGCGGCAGAGGCCGUUGCUUUCGGUGCGGCCGUCGCCGAGAAGCUCUCGUCCGUUCUCAAACAGCUUGCAGCCAGCAAAGUUGAAAUCCACUCGCUCAAGCAGAAACUUGUAGUGCAUGACAUGGAGAAGCACUCCCGCGAAGCCGAAGUCGUGCGGUUGCGAACCUGCAUGCAGGAGAUGAACAAGAUUCUCCGUCUGCGAGAAGAUGAACUUCAGACAGCCAAGUCCGCAAUCAACGCCUUCAAAUUACAGCUGCGAGACACACAUAUGAACUCGCGAGUCAAAUUCGCAACCUUCGAUGGACAUCACUGCGCCGUUGAAGAGGCCAAAUCUCUCAGCAGCAAGGUUAUAGGCUUGAACAUGCAACUAACCAAAUACGAGACCAUCCUCGGCGACCUAGGGGCCUAGUACUACGACCAGACAUGCAACGUCGUCCCCGCCCUACACGCUCAGCUUGCCGAGCUCUCGGCUGAGAAAGGCGUGGAGUACACCGUCGAGCAUCAUCCGCAUCCAAACCCCGAAGUCGAAACCCGGAAGUUGCUGCGCAUGGCAGCGGCGUACGGAAAGUGGGAACUGAAGGGCUUCGAGCCUCACGCGUAUGAUCCGAAUGAAAAUCCGGGCUG